GACCAGAGGUAAUAGAGGAAUGACAUAACCACAAGUUUUGUUGCCUAAAUGAAUCGUAAAUGAUUGUGAUUUAUUGAAGGGAUCAUUCAUGUGUAUAGUCUUUGUUGCCUAAAUGAAUCAUAAAUGGUUGAAUUACUUGAUUCAAGUAUUCGAUUGAAUGGCUUUCAUCUGUUUAAUUGGUUGCCUAAAUGAAUUAGGGUGAUUCAUGUGCUUAGGCAGGCUAUUAGAAAUAUAAUCCUAGCAAAUCUAAACAUCUUUUUCCACUCCGAUUGUAGGGAUGAAUCCGCAAACUCAUGGGUACUUCACCAAUCUUAUUCAAUCCGGUUCGAAUGAAGAACAAUUUAUGAUGGAGUCACAAUAUUUUCAUUCAAAUGCCCAUGUCGCCACCCAGGAAACUCAAUUUACCGUUGCAAUGGAGUCAAUUUCCAAGAAAUCACAACGGCGGUGGCAAUUUCACCGUAGAAGAGGACAAACUUGUCGUGUCAGCGUGGCUUAAUAUAAGCAUGGAUGCAGUUCAAGGUAAUGACCAGAAAAAAACUACUUUCUGGCAACGAGUGAAGGAAUUCAUUCAAGAGAACGAACCAUAUGAAACCAACCGUACCAUGGUCUCUUUAAUGAAUCGGUGGUCUACUAUUCAACUUUGCACAAAUAAGUUUUGCAGCUGCUAUUGGAAAAUUGAAGCACUCAAUCAAAGUGGCAUAAACGAGGAACAAAAGGUACAAAAUGCAAAAAAAAUGUACAAGGAACUCAAUGAGCAACAACAAGAAUUCAAGUUCGAUCACUAUUGGGUUUUAUUGAAGAACCAACCGAAAUGGUUCUUGGAGUGUGAGAAGAAAAAAGAAGUGAAAAAACCAAGAAAAGGGCUACCAUCUUGUCCUUCUACUCCAGAUACGAUCAAUCUAGGCGACGACAAUUUUGCAGCAGAUAAUUUUGUGGACUUGGAGCGACCAACAGGCCAAAAAGCAGCAAAGGCACGAGUGAUGAAACGAAAGAACGGAGAGAAUGUAGCUUCGACUGAAAUUUCUGGGGUAUUGGAUAAGAUAAAAGAAUGCAAAAGCAAGUUGACUGACAAGAAAUUGGAGAUGCUUGGGAAAACAUAUGAUCAGGCGCAAGAGAAAAUUCGUAUCAAACAAGAACUGCUUGAAAUAAAACAAUUCGAAGCGGAUGAGAGAGUAAUGACGAUAGAUCUCAAUUGCUUGUCAGAAGAGCAACAAGAAUUCUAUAGGCUUCGAAGGUUGGAAAUCCUUGGAAAAAGAAGAAGGGUUCAGUAAUCUUGUGGAAUGUGGAACCAAAAACUUAUUUUGAACUCUGUAAAUGUGAAGUUAGCACUCACUUUUUGAUAUCUUCAAAGGCAUAGCUAUAUCUUAGGUACUUGUUUUGAUGCUUUAAAAACUAUAGCAGGAGUUCUAUUUUAUGAACUAUCUAAAGGAAGCCUUGAAUGGCAGGCCGUGGGGCUUAUCCAUUUUGUGGUUUG